UCUGCUUCCGUCCUCUCAGCUUCCAUAGAGUAGCUUAACUUGUCAGAGCUGAGUCUCCUGGCCUCAACUUAACCCUCUGUCCCUUACCACAGUGAGAGAGGAGCUAGGAGCAGGUCUCUUAAGAGCUGAGAGUUGAGGCCAUUUAACCAAUAAGCAGACUUGUGAUCUCUGUACCUGCAGACACCUUCACUCUCCAUGCCGAGCUAAGAUGGGGAAUCAAACAGAUGAGGAUUAUAAUUUUGUCUUCAAGGUGGUGCUGAUCGGCGAGUCAGGCGUGGGCAAGACCAAUCUGUUGUCCCGGUUCACCCGCAAUGAGUUCAGCCACGACAGCCGGACCACCAUCGGGGUUGAGUUCUCCACCCGCACCGUAAUGCUGGGCACCGCUGCUGUCAAGGCACAGAUCUGGGACACGGCUGGCCUGGAGCGAUACAGAGCCAUCACCUCUGCGUACUACCGUGGAGCAGUAGGGGCACUCUUGGUAUUCGACCUCACCAAGCACCAGACCUAUGCUGUCAUGGAGCGCUGGCUGAAGGAGCUCUAUGACCAUGCUGAAGCCACUAUUGUUGUCAUGCUCGUGGGGAACAAAAGUGACCUCAGCCAGGCCCGGGAGGUGCCCACUGAGGAAGCCUGCAUGUUUGCUGAAAACAAUGGUCUGCUCUUCCUGGAAACCUCAGCCCUGGACUCCACCAAUGUUGAGCUGGCCUUUGAGACUGUACUUAAAGAGAUUUUUGCAAAGGUGUCCAAGCAGAGGCAGAACAGCACCCGGACCAGUGCUGUCACCCUGGGCGAUGCCCAAGCAGGACAGGAGUCUGGUGCUGGGAAGAGGGCCUGCUGCAUCAACCUCUGACUUCAGCCAUGGUCAGGCCUGAGCUCCUGCCUUCAGCCUCCGGAUACCCCCACCACCCCUUAUGCAGGACUUCUCCCUACUCCAGUCCCUCUUCACAAGCACCCAGGGUCGUCCUGCCAUACUGCAUGUCUCCAUCAUCUGUGCAUGCCCUUCACAGGCUAGGGCCCUCAAAUAAAGCUGUUUUGUAUCAUGCAUGGCAA